CGAUAUAAAACUAAACAUUUUGAUAUCAGCUCACAACGCGGUCUUAUUUUACAAACCUUUGCUUUCGUAUAUGAAGUAAAUUCCUCUAGUUAUGGGGAAAGAUCGAAAGCCUUUUAAGAAACAAAGCGGUUGGCGUCCACCGAAGCGUACUAAUUAUCCAUCAGCGUCCAGCAAAGAUGGUUGCUAUGGUAAAAGGGAAAAUAAGCAUGCAAGCAUGCAUAAGCGCGAAUACGGUGUGAAUACCAGGCUGAGUUUGCGUGAGGAUCAAGUUGGCAUAACUGAGUUUGUUAAUGAAAGUGCUGGGUUCACUGGAAUUGUGAAGUCACGGUUCUCCGAUUUUCACGUAAAUGAAAUUGAUCCAAAUGGAAAAGUCUUGCAUUUAAAUGAUUUGUCAGUUCCGAAAGCGCCGGUCGAGACUCUCAACGAAGAAGAAUUGGCUACUUCACGCGACCAGUUCGGUGGAAUUAUAACAGCAGAUAUAUGGGAGAAAAUUAGUGCAUUGGCCGCAAUGAAAGCAAAAGAUCCAGCAGCUCACCCCAUUGAUAUAAACGUUAGUAACUUAGACAAGGAAAAGCGCACACAAAUACAUAAUAUAUUGAAACAAUUAUAUGGGCAAAAGUUAGUAAGUUCGACAAUUAAUGAAACAAAGGAUUCUAAAGAAGAGCGGUUCGUAAGGAUAUCGAAGCCCAAGGGUAAACCAGGUGAGAACAGAAAACAAUGGACCUUCCCUGGAGAAUAUGUACACUUCUUACUAUAUAAGGAAAAUAUGGAAACAAGCGAGGCAGCAUCAAGAUUAGCUUCACGUAUGUGUUUGCACCCCUCACAAGUAAAUUACUGCGGUACGAAAGAUAAGCGCGCAAAGACGACACAGAAGUUUUGUAUAAAACGCCGCGAGCCCUCACAUAUCCUGAGCGCUGCACAAAUGUCCAAAGUUCGCAUAGGAAAUUUUGAGUUUAGUAACGAUGUGUUAAAGUUGGGUGAUUUAAAGGGAAAUCAAUUCAGAAUCGCUCUACGCCAUGUCAAUGGAGAUGAAGACAAAAUCGAGGAAGCACUGCAGAAUUUGCGUGACAACGGUUUUCUAAAUUAUUUCGGUUUGCAACGAUUUGGUAAUCAUCCGGAUAUACCCACUUAUGAAGUUGGCGUAGCACUUUUAAAAUCUGAUUAUAAAACGGUUGCUGAAUUGAUCUUAAAACCUCGCGCAAAUGAUGUUUUUUUUAUGGAUAAAAUACGGAAUAAAUGGUGGACAGAUCGUGACUCUGCCGCUGCGGCCGCAAUGUUUAAAUCGAAUGAUUGUAUCGAAAAAAAACUGCUAGAUGGUUUGGCGAAAUAUGGCGAAAAUGAUUAUUCUGCGGCAUUACGAAAGAUACCUCGGAACAUGUUACUGCUCUAUCCUCAUGCAUUUCAAAGUCUAGUGUUUAAUCGUAUUGCAUCACGUCGGGUACACAAAUUUGGAUUGAAGCUGAUAUCAGGCGAUUUGGUAUAUCGCAAUAAAGAAGAAGUUGAUGGUGUCAUUGAAGAAACCUCAAUAGAGGCUAUUGUCGAAGAUAGUAAAGAAGGCAAUGAGGCCAAGGAAGAGGUUGCCCCCUCAACAGAAAGUACUAAUUCGCAAAAUUGCACAGUUGCGAAUGAAGCAAGCGAUUCUAUUUUCAAGAGGAAAGUCAAAGCACUGAGCAUAGAAGAUAUUUCUAGCGGUAAUUACACACUUUUUGAUGUAGUGUUGCCUUUACCUGGCUAUGAUAUAACGUAUCCGAACAAUGAAGUUGGGACAUGGUAUGAGGAAAUUCUGGAAGAAUAUGGACUAUCAUCGGACAAAUUACGUCACAAUGUGAAAACGUAUGCCAUGGCUGGAACUUACCGAAAAUUAUUAAUCAGGCCUAGAGAAUUAACAUGGAAAUUUCGAAAAUACGCUUCUGCAGAGGAAACACUAAUAGCAUCCGAUUGGGACUAUAUUACUGGUAAAGGGGAUGGUAUCGAAAAGGGUGGUGAAGAAGGUAAAUUAAAGGCUUUGCUGUUAGAUUUCUGCUUGCCACAAUCAGUGUAUGCCACGAUGUUAGUGAGGGAGCUAUUAAAAAUGGACACCUCUGCUAUGCAUCAAAUAGAAAUGGAAUACAAUGAAAUGAAUAAAGCAAAUAAUAGCAAUCAAUCAAAAUCUAGCCAAAAUGAAGACAAGGAACAAAUGAGCUGUGAUAAACACGACAAUGAAUCGGAUCCAGCAGUCGAAAAGCGAAAGUUUGAGUCUGAUGUUUCCGAAGAAGUCGAAGUGAAAAAAUCUAAAAUAGAUGGGUAAAUGAAGUGCAAUGUUUGCUUGUAGUAGUAUGACCCACUAAAAAAUGAAACAAUUUUUGUGUAUUUAUAAAAAAUAUUAUACAGUUUUUAUAAUAAAAACAUAACAAAACUAUCUAAAACAAUAA